UCACGUAGGGGAGGAUAUUUUGAUUGAACACAGGCUUGACAGAAUCUUAUUUUCUUCUUAGAAAUCCUAGAAAACAGAAAGCAACAGGAAGAUGUCUUAUUGGGAACUACCCCCAUCAACUUCACCAUGAGUCAAACAAGGAAGAAAACUUCCUCAGAAGGAGAAACUAAGCCCCAGACUUCAAUUGUCAACAAAUUUCUCAGGGGCUCCAAUGCUGAAAGCAGAAAAGAGGACAAUGACCUUAAAACAACUGAUUCCCAACCCAGCGACUGGAUACAGAAGACAGCCACCUCAGAGACUGCUAAGCCUCUCAGUUCAGAAAUGGAAUGGAGAUCCAGUAUGGAGAAAAAUGAGCAUUUCCUGCAGAAGCUGGGCAAAAAGGCUGUCAACAAGUGUCUAGAUUUGAAUAACUGUGGAUUAACAACAGCGGACAUGAAAGAAAUGGUUGCCUUGCUGCCUUUUCUCCCAGACUUGGAAGAACUGGAUAUCUCCUGGAAUGGUUUUGUAGGUGGAACCCUCCAUUCCAUCACUCAGCAAAUGCAUCUGGUCAGCAAGUUAAAAAUCUUGAGGCUGGGUAGCUGCAGACUUACCACUGACGAUGUUCAAGCACUGGGAGAAGCACUUGAGAUGAUUCCUGAACUUGAAGAGCUAAAUUUGUCUUGGAACAGUAAAGUGGGAGGAAAUUUGCCUCUGAUCCUUCAGAAGUUCCAAAAAGGGAGCAAGAUACAAAUGAUUGAGCUUGUGGAUUGCUCCCUCACGUCAGAAGAUGGGACAUUUCUGGGUCAACUGCUACCUAUGCUGCAAAGUCUCGAAGUACUUGAUCUUUCCAUUAACAGAGACAUUGUUGGCAGUCUGAACAGUAUUGCUCAGGGAUUAAAAAGCACCUCAAAUCUGAAAGUACUGAAGUUACAUUCAUGUGGAUUAUCACAAAAGAGUGUCAAAAUAUUGGAUGCUGCUUUUAGGUAUUUGGGUGAGCUGAGGAAAUUAGAUCUUUCCUGCAAUAAGGAUCUCGGUGGAGGUUUUGAAGACUCGCCGGCUCAGUUGGUCAUGCUAAAGCAUCUGCAAGUCCUAGAUCUUCACCAGUGCUCACUAACAGCAGAUGACGUGAUGUCACUGACCCAGGUCAUUCCUUUACUUUCAAAUCUUCAAGAAUUGGAUUUAUCAGCCAACAAAAAGAUGGGCAGUUCUUCUGAAAACUUACUCAGCAGGCUCCGAUUUUUACCAGCAUUGAAGUCAUUAGUUAUCAACAACUGUGCUUUGGAGAGUGAGACUUUUACAGCUCUUGCUGAAGCCUCUAUUCACCUCUCUGCUCUGGAAGUAUUCAACCUUUCUUGGAACAAGUGUGUUGGUGGCAACUUGAAGCUGCUUCUGGAAACACUAAAGCUUUCCAUGUCUCUUCAAGUGCUGAGGCUGAGCAGCUGUUCCCUGGUGACAGAGGACGUGGCUCUCCUGGCAUCGGUCAUACAGACGGGUCAUCUGGCCAAACUGCAAAAGCUGGACCUGAGCUACAAUGACAGCAUCUGUGAUGCAGGGUGGACCAUGUUCUGCCAAAACGUGCGGUUCCUCAAAGAGCUAAUCGAGCUGGAUAUUAGCCUUCGACCAUCAAAUUUUCGAGAUUGUGGACAAUGGUUUAGACACUUGUUAUAUGCUGUGACCAAGCUUCCUCAGAUCACUGAGAUAGGAAUGAAAAGAUGGAUUCUCCCAGCUUCACAGGAGGAAGAACUAGAAUGCUUUGACCAAGAUAAAAAAAGAAGCAUUCACUUUGACCAUGGUGGGUUUCAGUAAACUGACUUCCCAUGUCCUACUAAGCUACAAACCAUUCUCCAAAGGAAAAGAACAUGAACGAAUUCCAGAGUCAUGAACUGAAUUUCAACUUCUGGGCCGUUUAAUGGGACUUAUAUUACAAGAGCUUUGUAAAUAUAUAUAUAUAUUACAUAUAUAUGUAAUAUACAUAUAUACACAUAUAUAUAAUAUACAUAUAUAUAAUACACAUAUAUAUGUAAAUAUAUAUAUAAUAUCUAAUAUGAGCAUGCCAUUAUUCUCUGUCUUAUGAAACAAAAAUGGCAUUUUUCAAUGGAUUUGUUUUGGAUAUAUAAUUAGUUCAUUUGCUGUUUAGAAGCCUUGCCAAAAGUAUUUAGAUUUUGGUACUGCAACUGCUUUUCUCUUGCCCAGAAAUGUUUUGCCUCUUCUUUUCCUACAAGUUAAAUGUUCUAAAUAUAAAGGGGCAUGUAUGUGUGUGUGUAAUUCUAAUGUGAAAGGCACUAGCUGUCUAAUAGUUUCAUGUAUCAUUACUAUUACUAUAUGUAUCUUAAUGUAGUCUAUGUAGGUUUUUAUCAGAAAGUGUACCUUUCUAUGGUUUAUUAUUUUAUAUUCUGGUGCCUUUUAUCUCAGAUAUAAACCAUGAACAGUAAUGGUAGUCACUGACAUAUAAAUCUUAGUAAAAAGUGAUUAAAAAUCUAAAACUCAGUAUGAAAAACACAUCUUGUUAGAAUAAAUUAAAACCUUUUAUUGUUUAAAAGAUUGUUAACAUAUUGCCUCCAGGCAAUUCUUUGAAAUGGAAUUUGCUUCAUAAAACUAAUUUAAUUCGUUAAUGACA